CUCCCUUCGCUUCUCUUACGGCACAUCAAGAAAAUAUCAGUGCUUUGUCAAGCCCUAAACCCCCGUUUAACCAGACCUUUACCACGCGUCCUCUGGGAAGGUGUGUUCCUCUGUUGAUCUAUGGAGUGACAGUUCAGGUAACAAUCUCUUGGAAAUACGGCAAUGCUGUACAGCCUGCCGAGGACGGAGAACUGCUGCCAAAGAACCGAUGGUGGCGAACCAUCAAACAGGGCAAGAUCGAGAAUACCGCCAAUUUUAACUUCCUUGCCUUGUUACGGCAAGCCAUGACAAGCUUUUCGCACAUUCGCGCUGCCGAAUAUAAAAAGGCUUUAAAGAAUAUCCUACAGGCUUGACAUUCAUUCUUCCCGUCAUCUUUCCCUAGAUCUUUUGAAGCGUUCUUUCCAAAAGUUUUCCCCAUCUUCAUCAUGAAGUUCGCCAGCGUCUUUUUCUCUAUCGUUGUCCUCCUUGCGUCCUUCGCAGCUGCCCUUCCUAGUAGGGAGACCAAUGCUGACAGGCUCGCUCGUGGUCUUCCGCCUUUGCCUCCCACUGUAAGGUCACCAACCAGAGUUGCGCGUAACAGUCCUUCCGGCACACCUAGCCAAUGCUCCACGGGACCUGUCCAAUGCUGCGAUUCCGUCCAGUCUUCAAAAAGCGGUGGCUUGGUUGCCACGCUUUUGGGCUUGCUUGGUAUAAACCUUGGUAGCGCCGAUGUUCCCGUUGGCCUGACCUGCUCGCCGCUCUCCGUUAUUGGUAUCGGAGGAAACUCUUGCUCAGCGCAAACCGUCUGUUGUGAAAACAACAGUUUUAAUGGACUUAUUGCCAUUGGUUGCACUCCCAUUAACAUCGGCCUUUAAAGUGUGUUGAUGAGCCUCUCCUCAGACGUUGUUCUUCUUAAUGAACGCUUCGGACUUUUUUUUUGGCUCUUCAGUCAUUCAUUUAACACCCGUUCCUUAUAUAUAUCGGUUACAGUACAUACCCGCUCAGUAUGCCACCAUG